AUGUACGCAAUACGGCGCACCGCAACCCAGCGGCUCUCCGCCCUCACCCACUCAUCGCACUUCCUCUCCACACAGUCCCGCUUCACAACUCAACGAUCACGCCUCGCUUCAACCCUCGCAAUCCUCGAACAGCGCGAAGGCGGCCUCAACUCCGCCUCCCUCGGCGCCGUCACCGCAGGCGCCAAACUCGGCGGCAGCAUUCACGGCUUCAUUGCGGGCAAAAACGUCAAGCCCAUCGCUGAGGAAGCCUCUAAGGUUUCCGGCCUAGAGAAGAUCAUCACCGUCGAGAAUGAGGCGUAUGACCGGGGACUAGCGGAGAAUUGGGCGCCGUUGUUGGUUGAGAAUAUCAAGAAGGGAGGGUAUACCCAUGUGAUUGUGGGACAUAGUGCGUUUGGGAAGAAUCUGCUGCCGCGGGUGGCGGCAUUGCUGGAUGUGCAGCAGAUCAGUGAUGUGAUGAGUAUUGAGGGAGAGGAUACAUUCGUCCGCCCAAUCUACGCCGGCAACGCAAUCCUCACAGUCCAAUCCACCGACCCCAUCAAGCUCCUCACCGUCCGCCAAACCUCCUUCCCUCCCGCCGAAAUCGCCGAUGGCUCCGCCACCAUCGAGGAAGGAACCGACCCCUCCGCACCGCAACCAACUCAAUGGGUCUCGGAAAACCUCACAAAAUCCGACCGGCCCGAACUCGCCACCGCGGGCAAAGUCGUCUCCGGCGGCCGCGGCCUCAAGUCCAAGGAGGAAUUCGACCGCCUUAUGCCGCCCCUCGCCGACGCGCUGGGCGCAGCGAUCGGCGCAAUGCGCCGCUGUCGACAGUGGACGGGGAAGAACGUGGCGCCGCAGCUGUAUCUGUGUGCGGGGAUUAGCGGGGCUAUUCAGCAUCUGGCGGGGAUGAAGGAUAGUAAGGUGAUUGCGUGUAUUAAUAAGGAUGGGGAUGCGCCGAUCUUUGGGGUUGCGGAUGUUGGGCUUGUCGGGGAUUUGUUUGAGGUUGUGCCGGAGCUGACGGAGAAGUUGAAGGCUUGA